AUUCAACAGUGUUUGAUUAAAGUUAUACAUAAGCAUGUCGGGUGAGCCACCAAAGUCUAUUCAAGACUUGUUGAAUCUUUUAUCAAUGGGUGAACAAUUAAAUGAUACCCAGAAAAAACAAAUGAAAGACUAUAAAUUCUGGAGUACCCAACCAGUUCCAAGAUUAAACGAAGAAAUUGAUUCCGAAGGACCUAUCGAAGUUAAGAAACCCCAAGAUGUUCCUGAUGAUCCUUUGCCAUUGUUGAAGGACUUUGAAUGGAGUACUGUUGAUGUUGAAGAUUCAAAUCAAUUAGAAGAAGUUUAUAAUCUUUUAUAUGAAAAUUAUGUUGAAGACCAAGAUGCAACUUUCAGAUUCAAAUAUUCCCACGAAUUCUUUAAAUGGGCUUUAAAACCUCCGGGAUGGCGUAAAGAUUGGCACGUUGGUGUUCGUGUGAAAGAAACUGGUAAAUUGGUUGCAUUUAUUGCCGGGGUUCCAAUCACUUUAAAAUUAACCAAGUCUAAUAAAAUCAUUCCAAGUGUUGAAAUUAAUUUUUUGUGUAUUCACAAAAAAUUACGUUCCAAAAGAUUAACUCCAGUGUUGAUUAAAGAAGUAACUAGAAGAGUUAAUAAACAAGAUAUUUGGCAAGCAUUAUACACUGCAGGUAUCGUAUUACCUUCACCAGUUUCAACUUGUCGUUAUACUCAUCGUCCAAUAAAUUGGUCAAAACUUUACGAAGUUGGAUUUUCUCACUUACCUAAAAAUCAAACUAAAUCAUCGAUGGUGGCUAAUUAUGCCAUACCAGAUAAAACCAAACAUGAAGGCUUACGUCUUAUGAAAUCAGAAGAUAUUGAUCAAGUUUAUGAUUUAUUAUCAAGAUUUUUAGAAAGAUUUGAAUUAAUUCAAGUUUUCGAUAAAAAAGAAUUGGCCCAUUGGUUGUUGGGCGGUGAUAGCACUAAGGGUGAUUCAUCGGUAAUUAAAACUUAUGUUGUUGAACAAAAUGGUAAAAUUACCGAUUUUUUCUCUUAUUAUUUAUUACCUUUCACCGUUUUAGAUAAUCCUUCCUAUAACGAAUUGGGAAUUGCCUACUUAUUCUACUAUGCUUCUGAAUCUGCCUUUGGUGAUGACGUUGAAGGUUACAAAUCUAGAUUAAAUUCCUUGAUAAAUGAUGCCCUCAUCACUUCCAAACAAUAUAACGUGGAUGUCUUCAAUGCCUUGACUUCUCAAGAUAACCCUUACUUCAUCAAAAGCUCGAAAUUCGGUAGUGGGGAUGGUUUAUUGAACUAUUACUUGUUCAACUAUAAAACUUGGCCCAUCAAUGGUGGUAUCGACCCUCAAACUAAAGAAGUCAUCGAUGAUAAAAGUAGUGGCUUGGGUGUGGUCUUAUUGUAAUUGAAGUCAUCCCCAUGUCAUUCUCUAGACCCUAUAAAUAUACUUAUAAUUCUUUCUUGUUGCAAAAUAAUUAGUCUGAAGGUCAAACCUGUA